AUGACGCUGAGACUUUUAGAAGACUGGUGCAGGGGGAUGGAUGUGAACCCUCGGAAAGCGCUGUUGAUUGCCGGCAUCCCCCCGACCUGCACUGUGGCGGAAAUCGAGGAGGCUCUGCGGGCUGGUUUAGCGCCCUUGGGCGAGUACUCACUGCUGGGGAGGAUGUUCCGGCGGGUGGAGAACUGGAAUGUAGCCUUAGUAGGGCUAACCGAGGAGACUAGUCAUGCUCUGGUCCCUAAGGAGAUCCCUGGAAAAGGGGGUGUCUGGAGAGUGAUCUUUAAGCCUCCGGACCCGGAUAAUGAAUUUUUAAGCAGGUUAAACGAAUUCUUAGAGGGAGAGGGUACAACACUGGGUGAGUUGACCAGAGCUCUUGGAUAUGGAAACGACCGUUCCGACCUAGACCAGGACAGGAUCCCAGAAAUACAGGCCCCUAUGUUGGCACAGGCCUUAGAUGAGGCUCUUCAGCCUGCCCUGCAAUACCUGAAAUACAAAAAGCUGAGAGUGUUCUCAGGCAGCGAUCCUCCAGAACCAGGAGAAGAAGAAUUUGAAUCUUGGCUGUUUCAUACCACUCAGAUGAUGAAGACAUGGCAGGUGUCAGAUGCAGAGAAAAGAAGGCGAUUGCUAGAGAGCCUUAGAGGCCCAGCAUUUGAUGUUAUUCGAGUCCUUAAGAUAAACAAUCCUUCCAUUACAGUCGCUGAAUGCCUGCGGGCCCUUGAGCAGGUUUUUGGGGUUAUCGACAAUCCUAGGGAAUUGCAGGUCAGAUAUCUGACCACUUAUCAGAAGGAUGAAGAAAAACUGUCUGCUUACGUGUUAAGGUUGGAGCCUUUAUUACAGAAGCUGGUAGAGAGAGGAGCAAUCGAGAAAGAUGUUGUGAAUCAGGCCCGCCUAGACCAAAUCUUUGCCGGAGCAAUCCACAGAACGCUUCGCAGGAAGCUUCCCGUGCCAAAGGAAGGCCCCGCCCCUGGCUUUUUGGAAUUACUGGCACUGAUAAAGGAUGAAGAGGCAGCUGAGGAGGAGGAGGCCCUUCUCCAGGCAGGGUUAAAAAGGCAUUUCUCCUGA